CUGACCAUGAAUAGUAAACAAUUUUUGUUGCUGUGUGUCAUCACUUUGUAAUUUCAUUGGUGUUGUCAUGCAGUUAUCCUAUGCAAUGGGGUAGGGUUACAAUUGUUGAAGCAGGUACUGAAGAGCAUCUCUACCUUGCAGAUGAAAUAUCACCAAUCACAGUUGUGACAAAACGAAAUGGUACUGUCAUUGAGCUGGAGGGUUCUGCCUCUACUGAGGUUUAUACUGAUGUUUUAAACAAUGUGUUCUAUUUUAACUGGGAGAUCGAUAAGACAGAAGCCACAGAAACAAUAGUUAAAUUUGAAGUGUCUGAUGGUGUCCAUGUCAGCUUUUUCAUUGUGCGAAUUUCAUUUUGUUUCUUUGGUUUCAAGUCGAUCAUGAAGAUAGAUUGUCACUUUCUUACUGCUUUCAACAAAUUUGCAUUCUGUCCAAGGAGAACCGAUUGGAUUGCUGAAUUUGUUUGA